AAUUUGUAAGGAUCUAUAUGAUCGAGUCGUGAACAGAGGUUAGUCCGACUCGCAUACAGAAUGAGAAUGGACUAAAGUCUGCCUUUGAAUAAUAUAAGACGGACAAAAUCAGAAAAUGGGGUGUGGUACACAGUUUGUUCCUAGCUAUUGAGUUGUCAUGUGUUCCGCGUUUGUUCCCGUAGGGAGGUGAGUUAACGAGGCGGCUUGUUCAGCAACACCGGGCGCGUUAUGCACUUGUUUUUGACAUUUGACACACCGGAGUACCGGACCUCCUCCCUAGUUCCCUUCAGCAGUCUCCACAGCGACCACCAUGGCCACGCACCGCGGCUUUUCUUCCCAUCUCGCCGGCCUUCUUGCCGCAACCUGCUUCCUCCUCGCCGGCGCCGCCCUCUAUGCGCCGCUCACCGAUGCGAAAGAGGAACCGCCGCCGUGGCUGUUGUGCGGCCCCGCUCCUGCCAGUGGCAACUACACGGAUAACAGCCCCUACCAAGCCAACAUCAAUAAGCUCUCUGCCACUCUCCCCAAGAACGCCUCCUCCAACCCGGUUCUCUACAACAUGAGCAGCGUCGGCUCCAUCCCGGAUGUCGUCUACGCCCUCGCUUUAUGCCGUGGCGACGCCAACGCCUCCGCCUGCGAGCGCUGCGUGGCGACGGCCUUUCAGGGCGCGCAGCAAGGGUGCCCGCUCUUCAAGGACGUGCUGGCCUUCUACGACCUCUGCCAGCUCCGCUUCUCCAACCGAAAUUUCUUCCCGGACGACGACUAUUUCGUCACCACCUACUACCUCGUGGGCUCCCAGGUCAUGAGUGCGCCGCCGGCGUUUGACGCCGCUGUACGCCUGCUCGUCAACACCACCGCCGAGUACGCGGCGGAGAACUCGUCGAGGAGAUUCGGCACGGGGGAGCAGGGCUUCGAGGAGAGCGACACCAGGAUCUACGCUCUGUCGCAGUGCACGCCGGACAGAACGGUGGACAUCUGCCGGACCUGCCUUCGCACCAUCACUGAUCAGCUGCCGAAGUCUUUCAGUGGGGCGAGUGGCGGGGGAAUUUUUGGUGUCUGGUGCAGCUUCCGCUACGAGGUGUAUCCUUUCUUCUCCGGCCGCCCGCUGCUGCAGCUCCCAGCGUUCGUUGGGACGUCACCUGCGCCUGCACCGGCGACCAAAAGUCAGGACAAAUCAAGAAAUAAAAUAGGUAGAGUCCUUGCAAUUGUGUUGUCUUCGAUCGCUGCCCUGCUGGCUAUAACCGUGAUAUGCUUUUGGAGGAGGAGGAGAUCCGCAGCACAAUCUUUUCGAGCUUAUUCAACUAGUUCAGAUAACUAUGAAGGAGCCGAUAUGCUUCUUCUCGAUCUGUCAACAUUGCGAGCUGCUACAGGAGACUUUGCUGAAAGCCAAAUGCUCGGUAAAGGAGGGUUUGGUAUGGUUUAUAAGGGUGUGCUACCUGAUGGUCAAGAAAUUGCGGUUAAAAGGCUUUGUCAGAGUUCUAGACAAGGAAUUGCAGAGCUGAAAAGUGAGCUAGUUUUGGUUGCUAAGCUUCACCACAAGAACCUUGUAAGGCUUAUUGGUGUUUGCUUGCAAGAGCAAGAGAAAAUACUUGUGUACGAAUACAUGCCCAAUAGAAGCCUUGAUACCAUUCUUUUUGAUUCUCAAAGAAACGAAGAGCUAGAUUGGGCAAAGAGAUUCAGGAUCAUCAAUGGAAUCGCUAGAGGCUUACAAUAUCUCCAUGAAGAUUCUCAACUGAAGAUAGUUCACCGGGAUCUCAAAGCAAGUAAUGUUCUAUUAGACGUCGAUUACUUACCUAAGAUCUCUGACUUUGGUUUAGCAAAGAUAUUUGGCGGGGAUGAAUCCAAAUAUGUCACCCAUCGUGUUGCUGGGACAUAUGGAUACAUGGCACCUGAAUACGCGAUGCGUGGUCUGUAUUCAAUCAAGUCUGAUGUGUUUAGCUUUGGUGUUUUGGUUCUGGAGAUUGUUACUGGAAGAAGAAACACUGGCCCCUAUAACAGCGACCAAGAUGUUGAUCUCUUAAAUCUUGUGUGGGAGCACUGGGCGAGGGGAAAUGUCUUGCAGUUGGUCGAUCCAUCUUUGAGCGACCAUCCUCCAGUGGAGCAGAUGUUGAAAUGCCUCCACAUCGGGUUGCUGUGUGUUCAGAGAAAACCUGCAGCUAGGCCCACGAUGUCGUGGGUAAACGUCAUGCUUAGCAGCGGAACGGUGCGUCUCCCUUCUCUUUCCAGGCCAGCUUUGUGCAUCCCGGAGGAUAGUCGCAGUGACAGCUCAGGUGCGUAUUCGGCGGGACAGCCAGGAGCUUCAGAGUACACCGAUGCUUCAGUGGCAAUAUCAUGGAACGAAGCAUCGAUCACGGAGCUCAUGCCGAGAUGAAUCUUGACCGUUCAAGCAUGAAAUCAUGCAUAUGUAUUAUCUUUUCAGAAAAAAAUAUCAUGCAUGUAUAUUCAGUCUUUUCGGUGCUAGUAUUAUUUCCUACUACUUUCUUUCUUGGAGAUAAGGUUGAUGCAGGGAGAGGCCCUGUCUCGCCGAACUGAGUUAUCCCGGCACUACUGCCAUUUGUAAUUGUACUACUUGUGAUGUUAACAUGCCUGAUUCUGAAAGGGCUGCAUUUUCUACAAAGCUACUUUCUUUCAGAGUUA